GCCAGGGGAAUACCGCGCCUGGGAGCAGAGAGUGAGUGUUCAGUGCGUCGUCGUCGUGACCGCUGCGUGCUGCAUCGCUGCGCUGCACACGGCUGUCUGCGCUGCGCGCCGGGUCGCCGUCCUGAACGGUUACACUUGCCAUUGGACACCAUACUCAGCAAUGUUCCGUCCACAUGACCGCCUGGGCAAAAGGAGUGCUGCCCGCAGCCCAGAACCGACCAAACGCCGUCGUCUGCCUCAACACGGCGACAGACGCGACUCCCUGCUGCCCAGAUGGACUGCCAGCGAAGGUGGGAACAAUGAAUGGCGCAAGUCUACUCCAAGGGAUUACGGGUUCAGGAGGCUAGAAAGUCUGGCCAUGGACGAUGGAUUAACGAUCAUGAAGAAACUGUCCGACGAAUCUACACUUGCCCUUUUUGGGCAGUUGACCUGCAAAGAAGAAAUGAAAGAGGAUUGGAUGCGCCAUGUGGUGACAGUGUUGUCAAAGGUGUGCCAAGUUGAAUACAAACCUAUACUCUUGAGGCUCAUUCAAAGGAUUUGUCAGAAACAGUUCAUCGAUCAGCUGCUUUUGCAUAUAACACGCUUGCCUGAUGACAACGACAUUCAUCGAAAGGAGAAUCUAUGUGCAUUUUUUGAUCAGCUGUGCACUUUUUGUGAAGCUCUCUUGAAACUCAUGCCUACUCUCGCCUGUGGAAAUCUCGGCAUCAUCCUGAAAGCGGCUUCCCGUGAAAUAGAGGCCUUGCCCCCCUUUUCUGGCAGUGAAGACAUCACGAAGAAACUGAGUGCUCUAAUGGUCAAAUUUAAGACCGAAACUGAAAGAUUGGAAAGCCUGAAAACUGCGCCCAAGCUAGAAAAUGGCUUUUCAACGAAGCCACCAUCUGAUUUUAGAGAACUGACUCAUUUUCCGACCUUGGAAGACAUUGUUGUUGAUAACCACAUGAAGCCUUUUCUACGUCCCAACAAGGUUGACCCAAAAGUGCACGGCACCUACGAAAAUGUUGAUGACUACUUAGACGUUCAAUUUCGUUUGAUGAGAGAGGACUUUGUUAGACCUCUGAGGGAAGGUGUUUCAAGGUUUCGUGAGUCACGUGAUGCCAGACAAAACUGUAAUAACAAGAGGCCAUCUCGCAUUCAAAAUAUUCGGGUCUACGAAAAUGUGAGAAUGCUACACGUUGAGCGAGAUAAUAGUGGUAACGUUGGAAUUGUCCUGGACUUUGAUCCACAAAAGAGGUACGCUUCCAAUAUUAAAUGGGAGUACUCCAAACGGCUCAUGAUUGGUUCCCUUCUAGUGCUCUCCGAAGAUGAACAAUUUUCCAAAAUUGUUUUAGUGACAGUAACUAAACGAGAUAUAAGAGAGCUUCAAGGAGGGAGGGUUAUGGUCGAGCUAUGUGAAGAAUCAUUAAGUGACGGGCUCUUCCGACGCCAGUACCUAAUGAUUGAAUGUCAGGUUUUCUUUGGCACGUACUGUCAUGUAUUGAAGGCGCUGAAGAAUUUCAAUGAGAGCUCAUUUCCCUUCGUGGACUACAUAGUGCACGCAUCGAACGUGAAGCAACUGCCAGAUUACCUAGUACGAGCAUCGGAGGCCAACAAAGGGUUUCAAUUAUUUCCAGACAACCAAUUACGACCACUGAACUCCCACAAGCACAAACGGUUUGACAGGCUUCAUGUUGAUUUAUAUGAUGAUCAUUUAUAUUCUUAUUCACCACAUUCUCCACCGUAUUCACCUCAAGAUUCAUUAUCUGAUGAUUCUUCAUCUGAUGAUUCUACGAUGUCUGCUGAGAACGUCUCCGUGGAUGUGAAGAACCUGGAAACUUGUUCCUCUGCCCGUGAGCUGGGCCUGGACGAUUCUCAGUACCAGGCCUUCUGCGGCGCCUUGACGAACAAGAUAAUGCUGAUCCAAGGGCCACCCGGCACUGGGAAGACCUUCAUCGGGCUGAAGAUAGCGGCCGCCCUCUUGCAAAACCAGCAAUUGUGGCGGCCUAGUGAAGACCCUCGGCCGAUGCUUGUCGUGUGCUACACUAACCAUGCGCUAGACCAAUUCCUCAAGGGUCUGAAGACCUAUGAGAAGAGCAUUGUUCGAGUGGGAGGAGGAUGCAAAGAGCCUAGUCUCAUGCAGAACUCCAUCAAUGUCCUGCGACAAAGUAAACGACCCUUCCUCCACAACAUGCGUCAGCAAAAGUCUAAGCUCCACAGGCUCAAGGAUUUGGGACAUAGUAUUCGUACAUGUGCCUCACGGCUGAAGGAAGGCGCUGCUGGAAUUGUUAGUGUUGAGACGUUCCAGUCGCAUUCUAUUCUUACCGACGUCCGUUUGACAGAUAAGGACAUGAUAUUGUGGCUUUGCGGCUUUGGCGAAUAUGGACGCAUUGAUGGACCAUUCCCAGAGAGCCUUGUGCAUAAUGAGUAUCAAGACGAUCCUGCUUUCUGGCCUUUGGAAGUCCCAACCGAAGACCUACCAAAAGUGAUUUUGUCGUGUUCGUUUCGUCUAUGGGAGCAUUACCUCACGGGCCGAGAUCAAGCCCAUCAAAUGAAGAUGGAAAAGCUGCUGGGCAGAUUGAAACAACAAAUAAGUGCUUCUCAGUACCCUCGUUACCCGGAGCAUCUUGUACGCCAGCCACACCCUUCUCAAUUCUGGCGGCUGCCGUACAACGAUCGCUGGCGAUUAUACAGGCACUGGAGAGACUCCCUGGUGGCUGCAUUGGACGUUAAAUUCAGGCCGGUCCUGGCGAGAAUCGAGGCAGCUCUCAGUGCCACCGCAAACGAGCUCUCUUCGUGGAGGAUGGUGGAGGACCAGCUCAUUAUGGCUCAGUAUGCUGUCGUAGGAAUGACCACAUCGUUUGCUGCUUCCCGUCAGCAGAUCUUGAAGGAGCUCAAGCCGAGGAUUGUUAUUGUUGAAGAAGCUGCUGAGGUGUUCGAAAGUCACGUGUUGGUAUCCUUGGCUGGUGACGUGGAACACCUAAUCAUGAUCGGUGACCAUCAGCAACUCCGGCCCAACCCCGCGGUGCACGAGCUGGGGGUCAAGUACCACCUCGACGUCUCCCUGUUCGAGCGCCUCAUCAACAACGGCAUGCACUACGUGACCCUCUCCACCCAGCACCGCAUGCGGCCGGAGUUGGCCAAGCUUAUUUCGCCGGCCAUCUACCCCGACCUCAAGAACCACCCCUCCGUCGCAGAGUUCCCCGCCGUGCGAGGCGUCGCCAAGAACGUCUUCUUCGUCGACCACACACACCCUGAAGAAGUGGUUAAAGACGCCCAAAGUUUCCAGAACAGUCACGAAGCCAACUUCCUCUCAUCCCUUGUGCAGUACCUACUUCAUCAGGGAUACAGCCCAGCGCAGAUCACAGUGCUCAGUGCAUACAAAGGCCAACAGUAUUUCUUUUCUAGGCUCAAAAAGCACCACUCCCACUUGCAGGACGUCAGGAUGACUGUGGUAGACAACUUCCAGGGCGAAGAAUCGGACAUCAUCCUGUUGUCGCUGGUGCGCAGCAAUGCAGAGAACGCCGUGGGCUUUCUGAAGACGGAGAACCGAGUGUGCGUCGCCCUCUCGAGAGCGAAACAUGGGCUAUACAUCGUCGGGAACAUGUCCAACCUGACGGCGGCCGACACGGUGUGGCGUCGCGUGGAGGAGGAGCUUCGGGGCCAGGGCGCCAUCGGGCCGGCCCUGCAGUUGCACUGCGACCGCCACGACGUCGCCACCCCCGUGAGCACGGCCGGGGACUUCUCCUUCUGCCCGCAGGGAGGCUGCUCGGAGCUCUGCCAGUCCCUAAUGCCGUGCGGCCACCACUGCAAGCAGGUCUGCCACACCCAGGACCUGGCGCACCGAACCGUAAUGUGCAAGGAAAGGUGCGUGCGGCCUGCCUGCGCCCUGCAGCACCCCUGCCCGGAGCGCUGCUCCGUGCAGCCGUGCCCGCCCUGCCUGGUGCCCAAGGAGGAGAAGCUCCCCUGCAACCACUCGGCGCGAAUGCCGUGCCAUGUUGACCCCGCAACGCACAAGUGCAAGGUCCUUUUGCCAUCCACUUUGCUCCCUUGUGGUCACCAUAUUGACGUUCGCUGCCAUCAACUCGCCCACCUAGCCGAGGUGCCAUGCGCAAGCGAGUGCGCCGUCAGGAUGCCGUGUGGACACGCCUGCCGAAGAAAAUGCCACGCGUUCAAGGACCCCAACCAUGAAAAUGUGAAGUGCAGGCAGACCUGUGAGGAGAAGCGACAUGGUUGCACCUCCAGCCCCCCACACCUUUGCAGCAAAUUCUGCUUCGAGGAGUGUGAAGACUGCACUGUCCAGGUGGACAAGACCCUGUCCUGCGGACACCUCCACAAGGCCAAGUGCAACGUGGAUGCAGCGACGUUGAAGUGCAUGCGCGACUGCGAAAAGACUCCGGCGUGCGGACACAAGUGCAGCAAGAAGUGUCACGAGCCGUGCGACCCGUGCGAAGAAAAGGUGCUGAAGACAGUGCCGCGCUGCGGCCACGAGCAGAAGGUGAGCUGCGGCCGCUCCCCCGACCCCUCCACGUGCCGGAUGCCGUGCGAGCGACUCCUGCCGUGCGGGCACAAGUGCGGAAUACUGUGCGGACAGGACUGUUCCACCGGGCAGUGCAGCCACCCGGUGCCCUACCCCAAGACCCCGACCUGCGGUCACCCCAUCAGUGUGCCAUGUCACCGCCAAAACGAAUACGAACCAAACAGUCCUGACCUGCUGGCGCUGUGCACGCACCCCUGCUCCACGCUGCUCAAGCCGUGCGACCACCAGUGUGGCGGUUCGUGCGGGGCCUGCCUGCAGGGCCGCGUCCACCAGCCCUGCAAGUCCAAGUGCGAGAGGCGGCUGCUGUGCGGCCACCUGUGCAGGGAGGAUUGCCCCAAGAGCUGCCCACCGUGUACUCUGCCAUGCCAGCAGAGAUGUGCCCAUUCGUACUGCAAUCGGCGCUGUGGUGAACCCUGUGUCCGCUGCAAGGAGCCGUGCACCCGUCGCUGCCAACACGGCAGGUGCCUCAAACCGUGCGGGGACCAGUGUUCCUUCGAGUGCAGCAAACCCUGCCUCAAGAAGCUGAAGAAGUGCGGCCACGACUGCAUCGGACUCUGCGGCGACCCUUGCAUCUGCAAGGAAUGCAACGAGGAGGAGGUGACGACCAUCUUCUUGGGAAGCGAGGAGGAUGAUGGAGCCAGGUUCAUCAGGCUGCCGGACUGCAAGCACAUUCUGGAGUCCAUUGAAUUAGACAAGUGGAUGUCCAUUGAGACUUGGGAGAACUGGGAGGACGAUAUACCUUCGGAGAUCAAACCGAAAGUUUGUCCCAGGUGCACUACACCUGUAACGAAAUGCCAGCGCUACAGCAACGUCACGAAGAAGGUUGCCGAAGACAUAACGGCCGUCAAGGCAAAGUUCUACGACACGAAGAUGAUCCAGUCCCACUUGGACAGGGUUAAAGGACUGCUGCAGAACAUGCCCAAAUUUCCUGCAGAGUACCAGACUUCGAGUCGGCUCGUGUCCCAAGUCGACCGCACUCGCAACAGCAUGGAGGACAAGAUGCCCAGCGGGAGACACUCUGACCGCAGGAGAGUGCCCCCGCUGAACACCAGUGAGGCCAAGACUCUGGAGCAGAAAGUCCUCAUCCUCAAGGGGAUCAACCAGAUUGUCGUGACGGCGUCUCGGGCCAGCAACAUCAACCUCGCCGGCAGGAGAGAGAUGCAGCAGGUCGUGGAGCAGCUGUGCGGCAACCUCUCGCAGCGGCAGCUGCUCCGACUCAGCGAACAGGAGGCUUCUGACAUCAACUUGGAGCUAACUCGUUUGCAGCGGUUGGUGCAGCUUCUGCAGGUGGAGAGUGGAUGUAGCUUCGGCCAGUUGCAGGAAAGUGACAGAUCAACGCAUGAAGAGGUUUCCAAAAUUUUGAGAGGAUUAACUCCUUAUCCGGAGGAGGACGACCGUCGGAUCCUUCUGCAGCUGGAGGAGCUGGCGGCGGCAGCCUGCGUGGGCCUCUCCCGGCCGGAGCUAGACGCCAUCGUGGCCGCCAUGGGCAUGAAGCCGGGCCACUGGUUCCGCUGCCCCAACGGCCACCCGUACUGCAUCACCGAGUGCGGCGGCGCCAUGGAGGAGGCCGCCUGCCCCGUGGAGGGCUGCGGGGCGCACAUCGGGGGCGCCAGCCACCGGCUGCGCAGGGACAACACCCUCGCCUCGGACGUGGACGGCGCCUCCGGGCCGGCCUGGCACAGCGCCAUGCAGUACUAGCGCGCUGCCUCCCAGACACUGCAAGUGACCCACCUCGGACCCGCUAUCAGGUCACACUAAAUGCCUAAGAGGUUUCAUGGUGGCUGAUAGCUUGGCACAAAAUUGAGCAUAUGCGCACUCUCAUUCUAGGAACGUGCCAUCACGUUGAAAUGCACGUGACAAAAUGUCAGGUUCGUUUGAGCAUUAUUCCAAAUUCGUUUGGGCGUGAAUUGGCCAAAAAUCAGCUUGUUCACAACCAAACGAACGUGACACAGUGCUCGAACGAACGUGACAUUUUGUCACGUUCGUUUCAACGUGAUGUCACGCUCCUGGAAUGAGUGUGCGUCAAAUGCGGUGAUUUGGUGCGCAGAAGGUACUGCACAACAAUGCACUUGUUCAAGCCUGGCUGCGCACUAUUUGGUGCAUUUGAAAACGUAUGCUUCAUUUCGUGCCAACCUAUGCACCGAAAACCACACUGUAAAAUAGAGUGUGUACGUUACCUUAUUUCGUCAACAUUGGGAUUUGCGGUCGUCCUGCAAAAUUUGGCAUCUUUUCUUUGGAAAACUAUUUUCCCCAUUUCGUAACAUAUUGUGGGGUAAAUAUUGCACCGAUGACCGUUUACGAGUCAUGGACUCCUGCAUUUCGUAACGGGUCUUGGCGGUCCACUUUUUCCAUCCCUGCGGCCUUGUGGGUCCGUGGGAACCCAAGUAUGAUGUUCUGUGUUCUGUACUGUACAGUUGGCAACUAUUUUAAACCGGCCAUUCUUUUCACUGUUAUAAUCUGACGAUUUUUAAUACGAUGAGUUGUUUGUUUUUAAGUGUUUGCAGUUCACAUUUAAGUGUACAUGUUAUAUAAGUUGUAGAGAUUUUAAUUCUAGUGCAGUGCUGAUUUGUUCAUGACGGGGUUUAUGUUUCCAUUUGUUGUACACUCAGGAGUUCUAAUAAUUUUCCGAGAGGAAAUCAGCAAUGCUAAAUGAUUACCAUAAAUUGAAUACCUGCGAGCUGUUCUUAAAGUCUAAUGGCCUUUUGGCAUAGAAAUUGUGAUUUUUCAGUUUCACCAGCUAGGAAAUAAAAUCUGUACUGAAAUCAACCACC